AGAAUUAUUUUUCUAAUCAUAAAAUUUUGGAAGGUUAUUUUAUAAAAAAAAAAAAAGCCAGUCAAACAAUCAUGCCGUGAUUGGUUCAUGAAGUGUUCGGUACACCGGGUGCAGAUGUUUCUUCUCGUCGACUUGGCGACCCCGUUCUCCGUUCAAAAUCUCCCGAAAAAAAAAAAUAAUGGAAAAGAAGAUCCCUAGUACGCUACUGUUAUUAAUUUAUUAUUAUUAUUAUUAUUAUUAUUAUGCCAUCGUAGAGAGGGAGAGAGAGGAGGAGGAGAGAGAGAGAGAGAGGAGGAGGAGGAGGAGGAGGAGGAGGAGAAGAGAGAUCGAGGAGAAUGGGGAUGUUGGGGGCGAUCAUGGAGCACCCGGAGGAGCUGUACCCGCUGGUGAAGCUGAAGAUGGCGGCGGCGCGGAUCGAGAAGCAGAUCCCCGCGGAGGAGCACUGGGCCUUCUCCUACACCAUGCUCCAGCGCGUCUCUCGCAGCUUCGCCCUCGUCAUCCAGCAACUCGGCCCCCAACUCCGCAAUGCGGUUUGCAUCUUCUAUCUGGUUCUCAGAGCCCUUGAUACUGUUGAGGAUGAUACUAGCAUACCUUCUGAGAUCAAAGUGCCAAUUCUGGAAUCUUUCUAUCGUCACAUUUACGAUCGUGACUGGCAUUUCUCAUGUGGAACAAAGGACUACAAAGUACUGAUGGACAAAUUUCACCUUGUCUCAACAGCUUUCUUAGAGCUUGGUCAAAGUUAUCAAGAGGCAAUUGAAGAUAUUACCAGGAGAAUGGGUGCAGGAAUGGCAAAGUUUAUAUGCAAAGAGGUUGAAACAAUCGACGACUAUGAUGAAUAUUGCCACUAUGUGGCAGGGCUUGUAGGUUUAGGACUCUCUAAGCUCUUUCAUGCUUCUGGAUCUGAAGAUCUGGCUUCAGAUUCACUUUCCAAUUCAAUGGGUCUUUUUCUUCAGAAAACAAAUAUAAUUCGGGAUUAUUUGGAAGACAUAAAUGAGAUUCCAAAGUCACGCAUGUUCUGGCCUCGAGAAAUAUGGAGUAAAUAUGCUGACAAACUUGAGGAUUUCAAGUAUGAGGAGAACUUUGUACAGUCAGUGCAAUGCUUGAAUGACAUGGUAACCAAUGCUCUGAUGCAUGCGGAGGACUGCCUGCUGUACAUGUCUGCUUUGAAGGGUCUUGCCAUCUUUAGAUUUUGUGCCAUCCCUCAGAUAAUGGCGAUUGGAACGUUAGCUUUAUGUUACAAUAAUGUGGAGGUCUUUAAAGGAGUUGUCAAAAUGAGACGUGGACUGGUUGCAAGGGUGAUCGAUCAAACAAAUGAUAUGUCAGAUGUAUAUGGUUCUUUCUAUGAAUUUUCUUCUUUACUCCAGUCUAAGAUUGAUGAGAAAGAUCCGAAUGCUGCUCUUACACUUAAGCGUGUGGAGGCAAUAAAAAAAGCUUGCGCGUCCUCUGGGCUGCUAAAUAAAAGGAAAAUCCACUUUUGUGAGAGCAAGUCAAGGUUUAGCUCGGUGUUGGUAAUGGUUGUGCUUCUGCUGCCUAUUCUGCUCGCUCUUCUAUUGAUCAAGCUAUAGUUGUCUGCUGUAUGGUGAGGAUCUCUAUCACAGGUCAAGCCUGUCUCUUCUCGGUUUCAGUCGUAAUGUCUAUAUUUUGUUGAUUCCUAUUCUAAUGUUAGAUCGCUGGAACUUCAGGAUAUCUACCGACUAUUUCCUGUAUGGUUACCACUGAAUUUGCUCUAGUAAAUGCUGGUUCCGAAGCUUUUCUAGUCUGUGUUUUUUCAGACUGUUUUCUGAUAGUCUUGUUAGCUUGCGGGUUAAACUAUCCCAAGGGUAAAUGCAUUAAUCUAUUAACUGUGUCGGUGUCGAAGAAGAUAGGCAGCAACCAAAUAAUUCCAAUCUGUUUGGUCCCAUCGAUUGAUGUGUGGAAGAUUGUUUCGAGUUAAUUUGUUGCACGGUUUGUCUAAUUAUACGUAAUACAAUGUUGUAUGUUCAAACAUUUUGUCGCCCUUUUUUGUGUCGUAACUUCACGCUGUGUCGAUUUUUUAUUAAACAGGAAUGUAGCAUUGUGCCGAUUUUGGGUUUCUCUCA